CUCUGAGGAACAUCCUUUUGUCAGCUUGAGACAUCUUCUAUCAUAGCACGAAGAAAGUUCUUGAGAAGAAUAACCAGCUUCCGUAAUGAUGGCUGCUUCCCUUCUACUUCUGUUCCUAGUUGCUUGCAAGACCACGGCUUUAGAGAUGGUCCCCUACACUCCUAGGAUCUCAAAUGAGAACAUGGAAGGAAAAAUUACUGGUAGCACUUUUGCUUUAGAAUGGCCAAAGUGUGUCUUUGACUCAUUUGUCAAUGCCUCCGACAACAUCUGGUUGGUAAUCGCCUUUGCUAAUGCCACAGUUAAUUUCAAAAAUCCCACAUCCACACAGCAAAUUCCACCGUAUGAAAAUUUAUAUACCUCUUAUGCCUACAUGACAAUGAAGUCCACCCUCUCCCAAUACCCAUGUACUAAAGGCAAAACGAUGGCUGUGCUCCGGGUUGGCAACGAAUCAUCUUGCAAAAAUGAUGACAGCAGGACCCACUGCAAUGGCCCUCUGCCCUCUUCUGGACCUUACAGAGUAAAAUUCCUUGCCAUGAACUCUUCGGGUCCGAAAGCAGAAACAGGAUGGUCUUCUCCAAUCAGGCUAACUAAAGCUGAAAUCUGGAAAACAAUAGACACUUGGCCUGGACGACGUAGUGGAGACAUGAUUGUCAUCACUGUCAUUCUCUCCGCUCUCUGUGGAGUCAUCACCAUUGGCUUCCUGAGCACCAUCGGUUACGAAUGCUUCAAGCUUUGGCGCCACAGUCCCUCUGAGAACCAAGAGGAGCAGCACCAGGAGCCAUUCCGAGGCAGCCGCUAUGACACCCACCACAUUCCCCCUGCCCCACCUGUGCCCUCUCCUCCACCACCUGCUGCAGAUACGCCUGGCCCUCAUCUCAUCCCUUCAUCUUCAUAAAGCCCACAGCUGCACCAACAGCCCUCCUAACUGGAUCUCUAUGUCUUUCCACGGCAGUGAUACCCCACUCAUAUCCACAACCUUGCUACAUACAAUAAAUGCUCCAUGCAUUGUCA